AUGCCAUCGUGGGCUAUCACAGGCGCCUCCCGUGGCAUUGGGCUUGAAUAUGCCAAACAGCUAGUGCAUGUGGGCAACCAGGUUUUCGCCCUUAUCCGCCGCCAACCAAGUGCGGAACUUAGCAAACUCGAUUCUGAGAGAGAAAAUCUUCAUAUAAUCAAAGCAGACGUCACUGAUGCUCAAAGUCUCUCUGAGGCGGCUGCCAAGGUGGGGGAGUUGACUGAGAACAAGCUAGACGUGUUCAUCAGCAACGCAUGCCACCCUGGACUUGACUUGAGGUUUUACCCAACCUCAGCAUUCCUUGGAAAAGAGAAGGAACUCAAGAACGAGAUUGAUGCCCCUAUGAGCGUCAAUCUUAUUGGGGCAAUAAGCUCUAUUAAUUGUUUUCUGCCCCUGAUUCGCAACGGCGAACUGAAGAAGAUCAUCUACAUCACCUCUCCGACGGGCGACGCUGAAUUUACCCGCAAGUGUGGCGUCACCGUCACCAUCGGAUACACCGCAACCAAGGCUGCCAUGAACCUUGUCAUGUCAAAGUACGCUGCCGAGCUCAAGGGAGAAGGGAUCAAAACUCUGGCUCUCAGCCCGGGAUGGGUCGACACAGACGGAAGUACGCAGUUCCCCGCACACUUAUCUAUUGAUGAUUCUGUCAAUGCUAACCACAAACCACAUGCGAUGUACAGCUCGGGAUAUGGCCCCGACGCCAGAGGUCUUAGAAAUGGCGCUACAGAUGUUUCAGAAGGUGAACCCGGAUCUCACUAG